AUGAGUAGUGAUUCACUGAUUACAGCUGCUAUAAAUAAUGAUAUUGAGCCCCUUAUGAAAUUGGUUCAUCCUGACCGCACUAAAAACGAUUCAGAUACCAAAUAUGACCUUAAAAUCGAAGAUUCAAAUUCAAUUCCAUUAAAAACAAAUGGCUUAUCAUUACUUCAUAUUGCAGCUUUUGCUAAUUCACUCGAGUGCUUCCUAUAUCUACAAUCUAAAUGCAAUUUCCCGAUUGAUAUCCAAUCAAAUGAUGCUAAAACUCCUUUUCACUAUGCCGUUUAUGCCGGUUCUUGUGAUGUUGCUGAAUACAUCCUUCAAUAUUAUGAAACUAAUUAUGGGCUCAAAGAGCUCGAAAGAAAAUUAUUUAUGGAUGAUUACAUAAAUCCCGAAAAUAAGAAAACAUCUAUCCUCUUUUUAGCAGCUCUUUCAAAGACACCGCAGAUAUUCAGCCUUAUUUUCAAAUAUGGCUACAGUUGCGAUAAAUUUUCAGUCAAAUGCAAGGAAACAAUUCAAGAUUCAUUCAAAUUCAUACUUUCUUCAAAGAACAUUGGCUGUCUUACAGCGCUUCUCGCUAAUAUGGCCAAAACAAAACUCAGUGCCGAUUCUACGCCAAUUAUGCAUACCAUUAUGGUCCAACAAUCAGAAGCUGUUCCUUUACUUCUUGGUGCUAAUUUUGACCCAUCAUUCGUUUCAGCAGAGAACAGAACUGCAAUGAGCCUUGCAUGUUUCUAUUCUCUUGAAGAUACAGUCAAGCAGCUUGCUGACGUGAUGGACAAUGUCGAUCUCCCACCGAAUAUCAAAGCACAGGCCGCUGUCCAUUGGAUUUGCCAGUCAAAGAAACCUUCAAUCGCAAAAAUUUUGUGUGCAAAGGGAAUCGAUGUAAACAGACUCGACAGAGAUGGAAGAAUGGGCCCAUACUACAGCCUGGAUAUAGGAGAAGAGAAGGAUACAAUUGAGAUCCUCAAAGAAUUUCUAAAUUCAGGAUUGAAUAUUAAUUACCAUUCCAAAGACAAAAAUACAAUUUUGGGAGAUUUCCUUACGGCUAUUACAACUCCAACACAGAUUAUUGAUUUCUUGCUUGAUAACGGAGCUGAUCCAAAUGCAAUUAUUUAUUCUCAGUCCCUGACCAAACAGACAUGCUUAGAUCAAAUGAAGAAGAAGGCAAGAUCGAAUCCAAAGUUGAGAGCAGUCUACGAAAAGCAUUUUGGUCCUUAUAAACCAAAUUAA